CGCACUCGUCUCUCGUCCUGCACUGAUUACCUCGAAGCGAUUGCGGAACUCCGCGCUAAGCUUCUUCACUCCUCACCCUCCUACCUCAUUUCAAAUCCUGAAGAGCUAAUCUCACUUGUCGAGGUGGCGAAGAACACGCUGCAAAGCAACGGUAUCAGUUUGCAUACGUUCUCCUCGUGCCCAGACUAUUUGUCUGCGUAUAAGGCCGCGUACUUCGGCCUAUUACUGCAGCUUCAAGUACACAGUCAUAACGCCCGGCUAGAAUCAAAAGAUCUCCAAGGUAAUUUGACUUUGACAAUUUAAAUAUUAACCUUAUGUCGAGUCAAGAAACAUAAUAAAUGAUUGACGCUGAUCCUUAUCGCUGAUCCAGUACGACUCAACCGCCUGCUAUUUCCACUGUCUACUCAGCUUAGGGUCCGCACAAAGGCGGCGGACCAAGCAGUACCCGGUGGCUAUGCUAAACAGAAUUCUUGUGUCAAAGGAGCAGGUAACGACCUUGACGAGAAUUCGCCACAGACAAGACUCGCGCCGCUCCCUUCGGGGGCAAAGGCCGCAGCAACUCCCUUCUCUGGACAUGCUGCACCUCCACACGUACGUCCGACUGGACCUCCCAACUUACCACCAAACGUAAUGCUGCCGCCUCCUGCCCCGGUUCAACGUUCUACAGAAUCAUCAAAAUCAUGGAACAUACCGGCGAAUAUUUCGUCUCGACAACUAUCUGACCGAUCGAAUGGUGCCCUUUCUCAGCCUUUAAAGAGAGAGCGUUCUUCCGCGUCUCUCAGUCGUAAGGCCUCUCAAGACACCGUACAUUUUAAGCGACGUCUAGGAGAACCGAUAUCGGUCUCUUCGACGCCCAAAAUUCCUGUCUCAAGCCUGAAAAUUCGUGGAAUACCAGAGGGAUCGAUUAAGGACACGGACCACCCACCACACCAAAAUGAUCACGAUGAAAUACCCGUGGACAACGCUGGGUCCUCUACCUCAAGCUCCGGAGAUGAAAGUGACACCGAUUCCGACUCUUCUCACGUUAUCGUUCCGUCCCACUCACCAUUGCGCCGAUCCUUUGGAAUAUUCUGUACGGGGAAAGGCCGAGGAGCAUUCAGUGGCCCCGUACAGGGACAGCGGCGUCGCUCCUCGUCUCGAAUGAGUACAGGGCUGCGCCGACAGCGAGAGUCAAAGGAAGACCUCAUGGAUACCAGCCCAUGAUGGGACGGUGAUCAUCGGGUUCUAUUUGGGUUUAGGGAAGCGAGAGGUGGUCGGUGAAGUAGGAUAGCGUCGAUUACGCUGCAUAAUGGAAACACGUACUCCGACUUGUCAGCGGCGGUGGUAAAAUGAAAUGUAGGAACUCAAA